AUGAAUGUAGAUUACUCCAUAUGCAACGCUAUCACCCAAGUGGCCAACUCUGUUGACAACUCGCUCAUAAUUUAUGAUGUGGGGUGUCAGUGGAGCCUUCACUUUGGAGAAUGUGUUGACAAUUGCCCUGGUUUGACACUCCCUGACAAUACAGAGAUUGUAGCUGCAGUGGGGAAAUUUCAUCUCAGUGCUCAUAAGCUAGCUUGUUUUGCUAGAUACAGCCUAAACUUCAUCUUAGGCGCUGCCCAAGUUGACGGAGAAAUUCUGGAGACACUCUGGGCUGCCUUUAACAAGAUAUCCUCAACUGCCUGUUCUAUGAGCCAAGCCCACCAUCAAGAAAUCCUUGAUGACCAUAUGUGUAAUUCAAACUGGAAAAAACUCGUAGGGAUUGGUGAGUGCUAA